UAACAGCGUGACAGGCAUGCGCAGUGACGUUCCUUUAGCAAUUGAACGGAAAAUCCUAUAAACAUUUGGUGAUUAACAAAUACCUGUGUGUUUAUAAGGAGAAAGACAGAAUUUAACAUUAUACUGUGUAUAGCUAGACGAUGAGUUCCCAAAAGCAAGGCUACGGUCAUCAUGAUCAAAACGCUCCACCGCCGUACGGCCAGCCUGCACAACCGCCCUAUGGUCAACCAGCACAACCGCCUUACGGUCAAUCAGCAAAACCACCCUACGGUCAACCAGCACAACCGCCGUACGGUCAACCCGGGCAGCCGUAUGGUCAACCGGGAUAUGGGCAACCUGGUCAGCCUUACACCAGUACGCAGCAAGUUGUAAUUACCCAACCAGGUCAAUCCGGUGUCAUCAUGACUCAAUCACGUCCACCAGACUACAUGGUACCAUCCAUUCUGGCGUGCCUUUGCUGUUUCUGUCCCACUGGACUUUGUGCUAUUUACUUUGCACAUCGCGCAAACCAGCUUGCAAAUGAGGGCGACAUGAUCGAGGCAAACAGACUGUCAAAUAAUGCCCGUAACUUGAUGAUAGCCAGCGUGGUUAUUGGCGUGGCUUGGAUAAUUCUCGUAAUCGUACUGAGAGUGGUCGUUUUUGCCACCACCACUACUACAUAUAAUUACUGAUCAAUGCGCGGGAUAUAGCCGAUACGUGGCCCUGUUUAAUACUGCUUGAAUUGAUCUGACAAUAUUAUAUAUACAGAGUAUUUAGACGCUGACAUAAAAUGCUGAAUAGUCAGUGCUAGUUUUGAAAUGGUUUUAUGUUUAUAGUAAACUGCUUACGAUACUAUGAAGCUUGUAUCAAUUCUAUUUUUUAAAUAUACAUGUACAUGACA